UACCGGUACAUGUACUGGUAUUGCAUGGAGAAUUGUUGACUUUUCAAGCCGGUGGGCACUUAGUUAGAAGUAGCUGAUUUCUUAAAACGGCGGUGAUUCAUUCUCUCACGUCUCAAUUUGGAUCUUUUUCUUUCGAUGUUCGAUCUUCCCAUCUUCGAGAGGACGAUCAUCAAUCAGCCAAGUACCACAGCUGUAUCAGGUAGAGCGGUAAUAGAAGCCAACAAAGGCAGCAGCCGAUAUGACCAGCCCCUGUUGCCCUCCCGAUGCGUUGCCUGCAUUGAAGUUCGAUUACAAGCCCAAGGGAGAGCAUUUUGAGCUUCCAGGCGUCGCUUCGCGAUCGUCUAGCUGCAAACUCUAUGUAGUUGGAGCUUCGCCAUCAGACGACACUUGGAAGGACAGAGGGCCUGUCCUCGUUAUGUCGAGCGAUAUAUUUGGUCCGUUCAGCGGGAUGCAUUGCAAGCUGGCUGACGAAUUUGCUUCCCGGACGGGUGGUAUCGCUUUGUUGCCCGAUCCCUUUGAAGGCACUGGAGGGUUGGUGCCGCGCUACGGCGAAGAAGAGGAUAAACCGAAUCGAUUGGGCUUCAAUAUAUUCACUUGGAAUCUCGUGACUGGCUUUCUCUGGAACGCAAAGUCCUUCAUCCAGCGCUAUCCAUGGGACGGGAAUCUACAAUAUCUUUGUAAAGAUCAGCUGAUUCCAUAUCUUCAGUCGAAAGGAGUGGAGAAGUUUGCCAUGAUGGGAUUCUGCUUUGGUUCAUGGAUGAUUCUGAAGGCGUGCAACGAUGAUGCCAUCGCAGAGCAUGUCACGUGUGGUAUCCAUUUUCACCCUGCAUCAGAGCUAAUGGAAAAGAACCAUUUUGGAGGCGACGACGUUGGGCUUUGUCGGACUUGCAAAGGCCCUCAGUUGAUCCAUGCCACCAAGAAUGAAUCGGCAAAUUGGAAACCAGAUGGAGCAGCCCACAAGGCUCUCGAGGAGAAUGAGAAUGUCCAGGAGGUCCAAUUCACACUGGCUCGGAAUACCCAAUCCCAUGGCUUCAUGACUCGUGUUGACACAAACAUUGAAGACAAUCGAUCGGCGAUAAAGGAAGGCGUCGACUGUGCCAUGGGGUUUCUAGAGAAGUACAACACCAAGUCUUCUUGAGAAAUUUAGACAACAUGGUUCACCGAUGCGAUAUGAUGAUAGAGAGUGUCACAACAACCAAGGAAACCAUGGCAAAAAAAAGCAGGCUCGUCACUUCUAAUUAAAAGUGAUCUUGGGCACGCCCUUACUA